AUGCCACUUCUGAUUGCCCUUGGUGGGAAAGUCAACAUCGUUACUUUGUUGACAGGAAUCUGUUACACCAAGCUCAAUAUAUUGCAUCGAUAUGUCGGCGGAGUCAUUUUCGCUCUUGCAACCAUCCAUACGGUUCCUCAUAUCUAUGCACCAAUCAAGGAUGGCGGAUUUGAUUACCUCGCUCAGUUGUACAUCGACCAAAAGCGCGAACCCGUCUACAUGUACGUCACGCUCGGCAUCCUCCUCCUGCAAACCAUGUUCCGCCUCCUCCUCUCGACGCGCUCGCUCCUCUUCCUCUCGGGCUACCCGACGACCCUCGAGCCGCUGCCCGGCGCCGUGACCAAAGUCCGCGUCGCCGUGCCCGCCGCCCUGCGCUGGCACCCGGGCGACCACGCCUUCAUCCGCAUGCCCUCCCUCUCCGUCCUCGACAACCACCCCUUCACCAUCGCCUCGGUGCCAUCACCCCCAAAUACAGCAACAAACACCCUCACCUUCCUCAUCCGCACCCACGCCGGCUUCACCUCCCGCCUCGCCGCCCUCGCCGCCGCCAAAGCUGCGGGAACCCCGUCCUCCUCCUUACCCGCCUCCCUCUACCGCUCCUCGCUCUCCUCUCUCGAAGAAGCCGCCGCCCAUCAGCCUUCCCACCACCACCAGCCGCCACCACAAGGCCCUCCCCUCCGCACCCUCAUCGACGGCCCCCACAGCCGCGGCGCCCGCGUCCCCGCCCUGCACGCCACCGUCGACACGGUCGUCCUCGUCGCCGCCGGCACGGGCGUCACGGCCGCCGUGCCGUGGCUGCUCGACCUGGGCCGGCGGAUGGCUGCGGACGCGGAGGCGGGCGCCAACGAUUGCCGCGUCGGCGCCGUGCGGCUGGUGUGGGUCGUGCGGCGGGCCGAGUGCGUGGAGUGGAUAAGGGAGGAGGUGGGGGAGGUGUUGGCGGCGGUGGAGGAGGCCGGGGCGGGGCGGGGGAGGGGGGUCGGGAGGGUCGUGGUCGAUGUGUAUGUUACGGGUGGGAGUGGUAGUAGUAGUGGGAGUGAGGCGGAGGUCGGGGAGAAAAAGAAGGAGGAGGAGGAGAAUGGAGGGGCGGGGGGAGGAGUGUUGGUGGCCGGGAGUGGUGGUGAGCGGGGUGGUGAUGGGGAUGUGAUGCCUGCGCCUCCGCCGCCGGCUUAUGGUGGUGUUGCUGACCGGGGAGAUGAGGAGGGGAGACUCAGUGCCGAGACUGAGGGGCUGGGGACGGUGGAGGUGGAGGAGCAGGGCGGGUUCGUUGUGCAUCACGAGCGCCCUGUUAUUGCGAGCUUAUUGCCGUCGUUGGUGAGCGGGACGCGCGCGUUCGUUCUGGGGUGCGGACCUGAGGGGUUUAAAGUCGAGUUGUCGAACGCAGUGGCUAAGAUGCAGAGGGAGAUGGUGCUGAAGUCUAGAAGUAUGGAGAGCAUCGCAUUGCAUACGGAGACGUUUGGGUGGUGA